AUGCCUGAUCAUUUAGGAGAUGAUAUGCGAAAAGUUAAAGAUGACAAAGAAGAACCUGAAAAAGAAAUCAAGUCCCUAGAUGAAGGUGACAUUGCACUCUUAAAAUCAUAUGGACAAGGUCAGUACACAAAGAUCAUCAAGGAAGUUGAAGAAGGAAUCCAAACAGUCAUGAAGCGGGUCAAUGAACUAACUGGUAUCAAGGAGUCAGACACAGGUCUAGCGCCACCAGCCUUGUGGGAUUUAGCUGCAGAUAAACAAACAUUACAAAAUGAACAACCAUUGCAGGUUGCUAGGUGUACCAAGAUAAUUAAUGCAGAUUCAAAUGAUCCAAAAUACAUCAUAAAUGUGAAGCAGUUUGCAAAGUUUGUUGUGGACCUCGCAGACUCUGUGGCUCCUACUGAUAUUGAAGAGGGCAUGAGAGUUGGUGUCGACCGCAAUAAGUACCAGAUUCACAUCCCUCUGCCACCCAAAAUAGAUCCAACGGUAACAAUGAUGCAAGUAGAAGAGAAACCAGAUGUAACAUACAGUGAUGUGGGGGGGUGCAAGGAACAGAUUGAGAAGUUAAGGGAAGUGGUGGAGACUCCUUUGUUGCAUCCAGAGAAAUUCGUGAAGCUUGGUAUCGAGCCACCAAAGGGUGUGCUACUGUUCGGCCCGCCCGGUACUGGCAAGACAUUGUGUGCGAGAGCCGUCGCUAACAGGACUGAUGCGUGCUUUAUUAGAGUUAUUGGUUCUGAGCUUGUACAAAAGUACGUAGGUGAAGGAGCGCGUAUGGUCCGCGAGCUGUUCGAAAUGGCGCGCAGCAAGAAGGCGUGUCUUAUCUUCUUUGAUGAAAUCGACGCUAUUGGUGGAGCUAGGUUCGAUGAUGGAGCAGGUGGUGACAAUGAAGUCCAGAGGACCAUGUUAGAGUUGAUUAAUCAGCUGGAUGGAUUCGAUCCACGUGGCAACAUUAAGGUAUUAAUGGCGACGAAUCGUCCAGACACACUGGACCCAGCCCUCAUGAGGCCCGGGCGUCUAGACCGCAAGGUGGAGUUCGGCCUGCCCGACCUCGAGGGUCGAGCGCACAUAUUCCGCAUCCACGCGCGCUCCAUGAGCGUGGAGAGAGACAUACGUUUCGAUUUGCUGGCGAGGCUGUGUCCAAAUUCUACGGGCGCUGAGAUUAGGUCGGUGUGUACGGAAGCGGGCAUGUUCGCGAUCCGCGCCCGCCGCAAGGUGGCCACAGAAAAGGAUUUCCUGGAAGCCGUCAACAAGGUCAUUAAGAGCUACGCGAAGUUCUCAGCAACGCCACGAUACAUGACCUAUAAUUAAUUUAGAAUCAAUAUUAUAUGAAUUAUUGAUACAUUAAA